AAGAUAAGAUCCUGACUGGCAAACCGAAAACCGAACUCACAGGCCAUAAUAUUCCACAACAUUACACACAUGACUACGACAACACUCAUGCGGCAUAAGGGAAUAUAAACGUAGGACAGGGUUUAAAAGACACUUCAGACUGAAGACUCAGAGUUAAGAGAGGAUGUCGGGCAUCGUCGACCUAUCAGAGGCCCUUAGGAAGGACGUUGACCUCCUUGGAGACUGGGAUGAUGAGCCUACGGAUGAACCUAACAAUGUUCCUGUGCCUCAGCAGGAUUCUAGCUCAAGCUCAUCAGCUGCUAUUGAUAAACCGGUUGCCAAACAGGCAGAGGCUCAAGCGCCUGUAAUUAAAACAGAUGCCACUUCUUCCUGUGGUCCUUCUGGAGGAUGGGCUGAAAUCAUUGACGUCACCAUUCCUGUUGAUGACUUUGAAACUAAAGUGCCAAAUCCCGCACACAAGUUUCCAUUUGAGCUGGACACCUUCCAAAAACAGGCCAUCAUUCAUCUCGAACAGGAUCAACAUGUGUUUGUUGCAGCUCACACUUCCGCCGGCAAGACUGUGGUUGCGGAAUACGCCAUUGCUCUAUCAAGACAGAGGAAUACCAGGACUAUUUACACAUCGCCUGUGAAAGCACUGAGCAACCAGAAAUAUCGAGAUUUCCAUAACACGUUUGGUGAUAUCGGUCUCAUAACUGGAGACAUUCAAUUGAACCCAACUGCGUCGUGUCUUGUGAUGACCACUGAAAUCCUUCGUGCCAUGUUGUAUGACGGUUCUGAUGUGAUCAACGAUUUGCAGUAUGUCGUCUUUGAUGAAGUCCAUUACAUAAAUGACGCAGAAAGAGGUCAUGUUUGGGAAGAAGUUCUCAUUCUGCUGCCGCCCCAUGUCAUCAUUGUGAUGCUGAGUGCCACGGUACCCAAUGUCCUUGAGUUCGCAGGCUGGGUUGGUCGCACCAAGAAAAAGAAGGUGUUCGUUUUCUCUACCCCGAAGAGACCGGUUCCACUGGAGCAUUUCUUGUACCUUGGGUUCAAUCAAAACGCCAAAACUAGAACCCACCUCGUUUUAGACGCGAACAGCAAUUUCCUCGGCGAAGGAAUCAAAAGUGCGAACGAAGCCAAGAUGAAGAAGAAUGAGCUGCCGCAGGCUGGACAGGGAGCUGCUGGAGGAAGAGGAGGAGCUGGUGGACGCGGUGGUCCGCAGGGCAGAGGAAACCAGAGAGGAGGUCGUGGAGGCAGAGGUGGAGCCCCAGCGCCGCAGAUCGGCAGGCAGCAAGCGCGGCCCGCGAAACCGCUUUCGAUGGCACAGGAGCAGACCGUCUGGGUCUCGCUGCUGCGUGAUCUGAAGAAGAUGGAGAAAUUGCCAGCUGUUGCUUUCACUUUGUCCAGGAAACGUUGCGACUCAAAUGCUGAUGCAAUGAGCUCUGUGGACAUGCUAACUGCGUCUGAGAAAAGCCAUGUUCACACUUUCUUCAACAAGUGCAUUAAGAAGCUGUCGGACUCUGACCAGCAGCUACCACAGGUUCAAAGGAUCAAAUAUCUGUUGGAAAAAGGCAUCGCUGUGCACCACAGUGGCAUUCUUCCAAUCUUAAAGGAAAUUGUUGAAAUGCUUUUCCAGGAUGGCUUUGUCAAGUUCCUGUUUGCAACGGAAACAUUCGCGAUGGGCGUCAACAUGCCUGCUCGCACGGUUGUCUUUGAUUCCAUCAAAAAGUUUGAUGGCACCGACUCUCGGCUGCUGCGCCCAGCUGAAUACAUCCAGAUGGCUGGCAGAGCUGGCAGGAGAGGCCUCGACCCCACUGGCACGGUCAUGAUUCUGUGCAUGAAUGAAAUUCCCUCUGAACUAGAGCUACGAGCAAUGAUGCUUGGCAUCCCAACUGUGCUGUCGUCCCAGUUCAGACUGACCUAUGCGAUGAUUCUUAGCUUGUUCCGAGGCGACACUAUUUCCGUGGAAGGCAUGAUGAAACACUCGUUCAGGGAGCUGCGUCAUCAGCUUAAUGCAGAAAAGCUGGAAGGCUCUUUGAAAAACCUGGAGGACAAGUUGAUUUCUCAACAAGAACCCACAGGCGCCCUUGUGCCGCAGCUGUCGUCCUUCUUCCAAGCUGCUGACAAGUGGCUCUUCGAGUGGUCCCAAGUUUCUGUUGAGCUGCUCAAGCAGAUGGGCCCAAGCAAGGAGUUAGUGCCUGGAUGCGUUGUGCUUUUUACUAAGGCAGAGCAUGUCAACAAGUUGGGCGUCGUUCUUAAGUCUACUGCUAGCAGAAAAUUCGGUACGGUCUACAGGAUUCUAAUUCUGUGUGAUGAGGAACCUCCUGCCCCAAAAGAAAACAUGUCUGAAAAAUGGUAUAAGAUGCUUGCAUUGGCUCAAGGCACCAAUUACUCAAAUGAAAUCGGGAAUUCCCACACCAUCUUGGAAGUGUACCCUGCAGAUUUGUGGUUCAUUGUCAAUAACGUUGUUUUAAAAAUCGAUCCUGUCAAAAUCAUUGGUGACUGGGAAAAGAGACAGAUUGCCAGAUUCAAGAACGAUCCUCCUUGGGCGGCGUGCGCAUACGCUGUGGAGGAGCUGACCAGACUUGUGCAAAGCACAGAUCUCACAGUGCGGCCUGUGCUACUGAACAUCUCGGGCGAGGUCAACAUCAUUGAAAUCAGUCAGCGGAGGAAUGCGGACAACGUACUGCAUCUGCGAACUUGUGUUGACUCUCUUCUUCACUUGACAAACAUCGCUAACUUUGAAACUGAGUUUCUCAAAAUAUUCAACUACCAAGAGCUGCUUGCUCAGAAGAAUAAUGUCCAGCAUUUGAUGUCUGAUGCUAGUCUCUCACUCUUCCCGGAAUACAGGAGCAAAUGUCGGGUGCUUAGAGAAAGGGACUAUGUUGACAACUCCAAUAUCGUUCAACUGAAGGGUAAAGUGGCUUGCCAGAUGGGCAGUCAAGAGCUUCUGAUUACCGAAAUGAUCCUUGGAGGAGUGUUCAACACCUUGGAUGCAGCCGAAACCGCGUCACUACUUUCCAGCUUAGUGUUGCAGCAAAAACGCUCAAGGGAUGAGCGGGGCUGUGAUCCAAAAGAUCUUGCUCCAACAGAAGCACUCAAAGAAGCGGUAGCUGAAACCCUGAAGAUUGCUGCUGAUUUAGAGAACUGCCAGUUCAGCUGUGAAGUACCACAAGACGCGAUGGACAUGUUCACUAAUAUCCUCAAUUUUGAGCUGUUGGAGGUUGUUCACAAGUGGGCUUUGGGAGAGCCAUUUGCUGAAAUCAUCAAGCUAACGGAACAUCAAGAGGGCAUCAUCACCAGGUGCAUUCAGCAGUUGUGUGAAGCGCUGAGAGAUGCUCAGGACGCUGCUAGGACUAUUGGAGAUACACAGUUGCAUGAGAAGAUGACGGAAGCGUUCAAUUCCAUCAAACGAGACAUUGUAUUCGCAGCAAGUUUAUACACACAGUAAAUAAAUUAGAAUUAUAUUUUAAA